AUGACUCUCCGUCGAGAAUCUGCCGUUCACGUCCCUGAAGACGUUGAUCCGGUGAAGUACGCACCACUGCUUUGCGCUGGAGUCACAGUCUUCAACGGCAUCCGGCAACUGAGUGUCAGGGCAGGGGAGCUUGUUGCAAUCCAAGGCAUCGGUGGUCUCAGUCAUCUGGCUCUUGACUACGCUGCUGAGCUAGGUUACCGUGUCGCGAUCCUCUCACGAGGAAAGGAGAAAGAGCCGUUCGCCCUUCAAUUGGGAGCUGCAAAGUACAUCGACACAACAGACAGUGAUGGAACUACGGAGCUACAGGCUAUGGGUGGUGCGGCAUUCAUCGUCACAACAGCGCCCACCCCUGAGGCCUUAACGUCCUUGACCAAGGGCCAGAAAACUUCUCAUUCUUGGAGGUAA